AUGCUUCUCUGUUGGAAGAGAACCGCAAACGUUAACCCACAUAAACAUUCCGACAAAGUUCUUGGCAUUGCCCACGCGACCUACCCUAUGCUACUCCUGCCAAAGGGCGAUCCUAUCUCAUCCAAAAGCGACUUCAUUCCAAUCUUUUACCCACAUGCAACUCGACACGACAGUUUCAUCACUCGUCGUCCCAAUGCAACUCAAUCUGUGUACUAUGGGUCAACUGCCCAAAAUGCACCUCACAAAGAAAAAGAGUUUUCCUAUCCUAUUGCACUAUAUAUAUCUAAUCAAUCCUUCCUGACUCAUCUACUCUUCUGUUUGCUGUUUCUAUCCUUGAAUGGGUGA